UAGAUGGCGCUCUGCUCUAAUUGGUUUUGGAAAAGAAAUUAGGACCUGUAAAUUUUAACUGUAGCCUUGACUUUAUUUGUUGACAUGAUAGCAGCUGAUUUGAUUACUGUCUGUUACUGGUAGGGAGGUCUGUGCCGGUGAAUGAAAUAUCUUAAUCGACUCUAUUAAUUAAUCAUCGCUGGAAUGCUUGUGGCCAUCAGAAAUUUAAACAAGGUCCUUAGCAGAAAGAUCAUUUUAUUAGGGACUAUGUCUAAAGCCAGUGCCAGUAGCUAUUUGAUAGAUGACGCAAAGUAUGCUUUUUUGAAAGAUUUAGGUUUGGAAAAAAAAAAUCUUGGCGUUUAUCAUGGUUCUUGGUGUGGCAGUGGAGAGGUUCAUACUUCAUAUUGUCCAGCAAACAACCAGCCCAUAGCUGAUGUAGUUCAAGGCAAUUUAAAAGAUUAUGAGGAUGCCAUCAAAGCGACGCAAACAGCAUGGAAUGUGUGGGCUGAUAUUCCAGCUCCUCAAAGAGGAGAGAUCGUCCGACAGAUAGGAGAUGCUCUUCGACAGAAGAAGACGUCACUUGGAAAGCUUGUAUCUUUGGAGAUGGGUAAAAUAUUGCCUGAAGGUGAAGGAGAGGUUCAGGAAUAUGUGGACAUUUGCGAUUAUGCUGUUGGUUUAUCCAGAAUGUUGGAAGGUAAAGUCCUCCCUUCUGAGAGACCAGGACACGCCCUGCUCGAAAUGUGGAAUCCAUUGGGUGCCAUAGGCAUCAUAUCUGCCUUCAAUUUUCCUGUUGCUGUUUAUGGUUGGAACAAUGCUAUAGCUAUGGUUUGUGGUGACACAAUGGUAUGGAAAGGUGCAACUUCUACAAAUCUCUGCAGCGUGGCUGUUAUCAAAAUUAUUGCAUCUGUUUUAGAACGUAAUAAGCUGCCUGGAGCUAUUUGUUCAUUGGUGUGUGGUGGAGCUGAUAUUGGAUCAGCUAUGGCUAAAGACACUAGGCUCGGUUUGCUUUCAUUUACGGGCAGUACCCAAGUAGGGCAGCAAGUGUCAGUGGAGGUUCAGAAAAGAUUUGGGAAGUCUCUGUUGGAACUGGGUGGAAACAAUGCGAUCAUUGUUGCAGAGGAUGCUGACCUCAAUAUGGUGAUUCAGUCUGCCGUUUUUGCAUGUGUUGGGACAGCAGGACAGAGGUGUACGACAACAAGGAGAUUGAUUGUUCAUGAAAAGGUAUAUUCUGAAGUUGUGAGUCGAUUGAAGAAUGCAUACACCAAGGUGAGGAUAGGUGAUCCCUUGGAUGCAGGCACUCUCUAUGGUCCCAUGCACAACAGGCAGGGCGUAGAGAUGUAUUUAAAUGCAAUUGAAAAUGCCAAGAAGUUGGGCGGAGUGGUCGAAUGUGGUGGAAAAGUGCUUGAUAAGAUGCCUGGUAAUUUCGUUGAGCCAACAAUCAUUACUGGCCUAUCUCACGACUCUGAAAUCGUACAUCAGGAAACUUUCGCUCCUAUUGUGUAUAUUCUAAAAACUUCCAACGUUGAUGAGGCUAUUCAAUGGAAUAAUGAAGUCAAACAGGGAUUAUCCAGCAGUAUAUUCACACAGAAUCUUGGAAAUGUUUUUAAGUGGCUUGGUCCAAAAGGAUCCGAUUGUGGAAUAGUGAAUGUUAACAUUCCUACAAGUGGUGCUGAGAUUGGAGGAGCAUUUGGAGGAGAAAAGCAUACGGGUGGCGGUCGAGAAUCUGGUAGCGAUGCCUGGAAGCAAUAUAUGCGUAGAUCCACCUGUACGAUUAAUUACACUAAAGAGCUUCCUCUUGCACAGGGAAUUAAGUUUGAGUGAAAAUCCCUUCAACUGCAUUUUGAAUGAGCUACAUGCGAGUUUCUAUGUUUUUAAAAUAUAUGUUAGUUUCUUUUUAUAGAAAUCAGUUAUUUUUGUAUUACUGUUAUACAAUUUACAAUUGUUAUCUGGGAGAAAUAUUAUGAAAAAUCAUAAGAUAAAUAUUUUAUUAUCUGUUGCUCAAUGUGUUUUAUUAUUUACAAAAUAAUUGUUACAUUUUCUGUAUGUAUAAAAGUAUUGAAAAUAUAUUUUUUAUACCAAUAUUAAAUCAAAUAACUUUUUGACUGGCUUUUUUUAAAUUUUACAUGUAUAUAUAAUUGUUGAGAUUAUGCACCAAUUGUUCAAUUUUCCAAAGUGCCAUUCAUUGUUCUACAAUAAUUUUGAAUCAAAAAAUAAAAUUGUCUGUUUUGGAUGUA